AUGAGAAAUUUGAGUGGAGGCCACAUAGAAGAGUUUGUUUUGGUGGGCUUCCCUACCUCACCACCCCUCCAGCUGCUCCUCUUUAGCCUGUUCCUAGCAAUUUAUCUGUUGACAUUGUUGGAGAACGCAUUCAUCAUCUCCACAAUCUGGCUUACUCCCAGCCUUCACCGUCCCAUGUACUUUUUCCUUGGCCAUCUCUCAUUCCUGGAGUUAUGGUACAUCAAUGUCACUGUUCCCCGGCUCCUGGGAGCCUUUCUUACCCAGGACCGUAGAGUCUCUUAUGUAGGCUGCAUGACCCAACUGUAUUUCUUUAUCGCCUUAGCCUGCACUGAAUGUGUCCUGUUAGCGGUUAUGGCCUAUGACCGCUACCUGGCCAUCUGUGAACCCCUCCGUUACCCCACUCUCAUGGCUGCCAGCCUGGCCGCACGUCUUGCUGCUGCUUCUUGGGGCAGUGGCUUCUUUAGCUCCAUGACGAAGAUUCUUUUCAUUUCCCGACUCUCCUCCUAUUGUGGAUCCAACAUCAUCAACCACUUUUUCUGUGAUAUUUCCCCACUCCUCAACCUCACCUGCUCUGAUAAGGAGCAAGCCGAGAUAGUAGACUUCCUCCUGGCGCUAGUGAUGAUUCUACUACCUCUAUUAGCUGUGGUUUCAUCAUAUGCUGCCAUCAUUGCAGCCAUCUUGAAGAUUCCUACUGCCAAGGGGCGCCAGAAAGCCUUCUCUACCUGUGCCUCCCAUCUGGCAGUGGUUAUCAUCUACUACUCUUCCACUCUUUUCACCUAUGCACGGCCCCGCGCCAUGUACAGCUUCAACCACAACAAGAUCAUCUCUGUGCUCUAUACUGUCAUUGUACCCUUCCUAAACCCAGCCAUUUACUGCCUGAGGAACAAGGAGGUGAAAGAAGCCCUCAGGAAGACAGUGUUGGGCAGAUGUCACUAUCCUAGAGAUGUCCCAGACUGA